AUACAGCUGUAUACAGGGUAACAGGAGUUUUGAGAACAUUUAUGUUUCUUCAACAAUGCUCAGUUUUGUAAAAAUAUUUACGCUUAUUUAUCUAUUUAGCAAUCUAUCUACUUAUUUUACUUUUUUUUUGAGACAUCUCACUAUAUAUCUAUAUAUACAUAGCCUGGGCUGUCCUAGAAUUCACUAUAUAGAUUAGGCUGGCCCUGAAAUCAUAUCGAUCCAUCUGCCUCUGCUUCCUGAGUGCUGGGUUAAAGGCACGCCCUCCCAUGCCAGGCUUUACUCUCACAUUUAAGGAAGUGUGUGUGCGCGCGUGUGCGCGCGCUCGCUCGCAUGUGUCUGUGUGGUGCGCGUGCAUGCGUGCGUGUUCCAUUUUGAUGUGUUUGGUAGAACCUCUCAAGAUUUUAGGAAGGUCCAAGGCCAAAGAGGAUAAGGACAAACAUUGAGUGCAGGCACUUCUGCCCUCAGCUCCCAGCUGCUCUGAGAAGACCUUCCUAGGCAGCCAGUCCUGCCCAACAGCAGGGCCUCUGCAUUUCUGUAACCCUAAACAAAGCCCCCAGGGACACCCCCCCCCCCAGGAGGCUGAGCCACUAAAGCUCUGGGGAUCAGGAGAAACAAAGAGAGAGGGGAAAGAGAGUGCUGACAGAGCCACUGGCCAGCAGCUGCGGAACUAUAAAGAGAGGACCCACAGAGGAAGCUGCACCAGAUGGAGACCCAGACCGUGCAGCGAGAGCUGGAAACUCUUCCAACCACUAAGAUGGCUCAGACCAACCCUAUGCCAGGGUCCUUGGGACCAUGGAAGAUAACCAUCUAUGAUCAGGAGAACUUCCAGGGCAAGAGGAUGGAGUUUACCAGUUCCUGCCCAAAUGUCUCUGAGCGUAGUUUUGAUAAUGUCCGGUCUCUUAAGGUGGAGUGUGGCGCCUGGAUUGGUUAUGAGCACACCAGCUUCUGUGGACAGCAGUUUAUCCUGGAGAGAGGAGAAUACCCUCGAUGGGAUGCCUGGAGUGGGAGCAAUGCCUACCAUAUUGAGCGUCUCAUGUCCUUCCGCCCCAUCUGCUCUGCUAAUCAUAAGGAGUCUAAGAUCACCAUCUUCGAGAAAGAGAACUUUAUCGGGCGCCAGUGGGAGAUCUGUGAUGACUAUCCUUCCUUGCAAGCCAUGGGCUGGUUCAACAAUGAAGUUGGUUCCAUGAAGAUACAAUGUGGGGCCUGGGUCUGCUACCAGUAUCCUGGAUAUCGUGGUUAUCAGUAUAUCUUGGAAUGUGACCAUCAUGGAGGAGACUACAAACACUGGAGAGAGUGGGGAUCUCAUGCCCAGACUUCCCAGAUCCAAUCCAUUCGCCGAAUCCAACAAUAGUGGGUUAAAACUUCCAAAAUUCCUCAGGCAUGAGAUCUUGCUAAACACUCUAGAAUUCUAUGUUCUGCCCAGAAACUGCUUUCAAAUGUUAGCUAAAAUCCACAAUAAAUGUCAUUUAAAAAAAA